UACAUCCUCACAUCUGAGUCAAAAGGAAACAAAAGCCCAAGUGAAGGCUGAAGUUUUGAGCAUCCUCAUGCACUCAGCAGAUCUCUGCAAUGCAAUCCACUGGCUGCCCCCAGGAUUUCUUUGGGCUGGACGAUUCCCUCCCUGGUUAGUGGGUCUCCUGGGGACCAUAUCUUCCCUGAUUGGUAUCUACCAGGCAUCCAGAGGAGGAAAUUCUGAUGCUGUCUAA